AUAAGCUGUUUAGCGGUAAAUUUUGUGAAGUGAAAUGAAUAUUUUUGAACUCUUGAUUUGUUUUGGAUCUAGCUAAUGCAUCUUUAUGUUUUGUGGGAAUAAUGACAUAUAGACUACCCAAUAAAAUCAUGGGAAUAUUAAUCUCAAGGUUGUGCUUAUAAUGUCAGACAUUGACGUUGAAGGUUCUGACGAUGAAAUUAUAGUUGUUACAGAAUCACCCGAGCGACACAUUGAUAUUGACGUGGAGGCAGUAACAGACGAAGAAUUAAUUCCAGAUUCUGAGGGAGAAGACAAUGAUUCUGAUGUCAGUAUCGUAUCAGAGGUCAACGUAGAGGAGAGUGAUGAUGAAGAUGUGGAAGUAGACGUAGACACACUUCCAAAUGAUGAAGAAAACCAACAAGUGCUGCCAUCUGUUGGAGCAGCAUCAGCUUUGGAUUCAGAACCUAGAUCAUCCAGGUCAACAUUACCUGGUGUUAUUACCCUGCCACCACUUCCCAGUCUGAAUCUAGAAACAAAUGCUGAGACUUCUGUUGAAUCCAUCACUAACAUCACCAUCCAAUCAAAUGCUGUCACAACAAUGGAUUCUGUCCACAAUAUCACCAUGCAGCCCAUUACAACAUCCUCAUCAAACACUUUAUCUACAAUAUUAUCAUCAUCAUCAUCAUCUUCACCUAAUCAACCAUCAACAUCCAUUGCCAUGGAAACAACAGGAAGUGGUGUUCCUCAUUCUUCAUCUAAUCAACCAUCAACAUCUGCUGCACCAGUUGCCAUGGGAACAACUGGAAGUGGUGGUCCUAACUCUUCACCUCAUCAACCAUCAACAUCAUCGACUACAUCUGUUGCCAUGGAAACAAUUGGAAGUGGUGGUCCUAGCUUAGGAGCACCUUCAACACUGUCUACAGUAUUAUCUUCUGUAUCAGCUGCCAAUGCUGUGCAAGUUAUUCAGGGUCAUACAGAUUCGCCUAGAGAUUUCAGGUCACCAAAACGACGAAGGAUAAUGACGCCAGAGAAAACUGGUGGUGGUGAACCUGAGGAUGAAGGCAAUUGCUGUCCUAUAUGUUUUGAAGAAUGGACAAGUUCUGGUAAUCACAGAUUAGCUUCAUUAAAAUGUGGACAUCUUUUUGGACAGAGUUGUAUAGAUAAAUGGUUGAAAGGUCAAGGAGGAAAGUGCCCUCAGUGUAAUGCUAAAGCUAAAAGACAAGACAUUCGAGUGUUGUAUGCUAAAUGUUUAAAGGUUGUAGAUACUACAGAGAGGGAUAGAGCUCUUCAGGAAUUAGAGAAAGAAAAAGAGGCCAGGAGGAGAAGUGAAAUGGAGGCUGCACAAAUAAGAAUGCAGUAUCAGAUGACUGUUGGAGACAAUAACAAGCUACGGACAGAGAUUGCAAAGUUACGAGAACAACUACAAAAUGUCAGGUCGCAGCCAUUGCAGAUGUCUAUUAAUUCAUCACAGUCAAAUGUUUCAGAUGAUCCCACCUCUACACAGAGUGAUGGACAGUUUAUCUUAGACAAAACAAUCAAAAUAUGGGAUGGUGGAAACUGUCGUGUGAUGGCUUACAGUCCAUCAUUAGCCACACUGGUUGUAUCUCAGCCAUCAGCAAGUCCUCUGUUUCCAGGAUUUGGAAUUAAGAAGAUAAGUACCCUGGACUUCAAAACCUCUCAGUAUUUAACUAUCCACAGUAAGACUAUCCGUGAUGUAAGCUUCCAUCCUAACGUUGAUGAUGGUAUAUUACUUAGCUGUGCUUUAGACAAGACGGUCAAGAUGACCAGUGUUAUAAGUAAUGCUGUCGUACAAACAUACGAAACCCAGUUACCGUCCUGGAGUUGUGUUUGGAAUGCUGAUGAUAGAAAUUUUUUCUAUGUUGGCAUGCAGAAUGGUCGUGUGUUAGAGUAUGAUAUACGAAACACAACUGAGCAUGUUCAAGAAUUGAAUACUGAAGGAAGUAGGUCACCUGUAGCCUCACUUCAGUAUGUACCUAGUGAUAUGAAUGCUAUGUUCAGAUGUGGUGGUCUUUUGGUAGGUCAGCUUGAUAAAGUUAGUUUUUAUGAGAAGAAACAAGACCAACACAAACUACAUAUAUUACCUGUUGAGGGUAGUUUAUCAAGUCAGUGUUUUGAACCAAAUACAAGACAUUUACUAUGUAGCUUUAAACCAUCACAAAAACAUGCGGCAGUUCGCCAUCAGUUGUGUGAAAUGAAUUGUGUAAACAUUAGUGCUGAUCCUACAACAUUAGAUAUGUCGUGUUCCUGUGAUAUUGUACAAACAUUCCAUGCGGGACGUACACAAACUUUACUCAGUAAAUCCGUGUUAUUACCUCAUCCUUCAAUGGAAAAUAAUAUGCUUGUGUGUGCUGGAGAUGAAUCUGGACAAUCGUUGCAUAUAUGGGACUGUGGAAAAAGUCAGUUGAAACAGAGAUUACGGACAGAUGGCGCUGUAUUAGAUAUCUGUGCAAUAAAGACAAAUAACACGACUUAUCUUGCAGCACUGACAGACAAAAUCCUUAAAGUGUUCAAAUGGUGCUAGAUGUCUUUCAGUUUUAUCCAAAAUGUGUUCAUGAUUUUAUUGUUUUGAAGUAUAUUUAUGUUGCUAUUACAAAUAGUCUAAAAAUUUCUUAUAUGAUUUGUAGAUGAAUUUAUUUCAUCCAGAAAAUACCACCCUCCCAUUCUGUUAAAAAAAUGAUGAUGUAUUGGACUUAUUCAAAUUCUUGAAUAGCUUAAAGGGGCACUAGCUACGAGAUAUAUAAAAAAUCUAAAAUAGGAUUUUUUUUGUUCUUCUUCUUCUUCCAUAUACUGCCCACAUUCAACUUUCUGAAUAUACUGGCAAAUUGGUUCUGCAUGGAUAAAAACAGGAUAAAAACAAAUGUUCAUCUUUAUUUUGUAAGGUUGGUCAUUUGAGAUUUGAAUGUCUCAAAUGACUGUGCUGUGGCGAUCUCCCCGGGGGAAGCUUGUUCCAGUCUUUGGUGGUGUUCACAAAGAAGGACCAUUUCCUGCAGUCUUUGGUUAAUCAUUUAUGAAAGUGAAAUAGUGAAAUAAUAAUUCGCUUUUAGCAGCAAGUAUGGUUCAAUUUUGACAAAAUAAGCUAAGAAACAUCGAAGAUUAAUUAUUCACUUGCAAGUGAAUAAUUCGACCUCAUUGAAUCCGUAUUCAUGUGAACUUAAAUUUAACCCCUUAGCUAGAGAUGGAUAACGCAUGAAUCGUGCGUGAUCAGUCAUUUAAAGGAAAAGAAUGUCAACAUUGAAAGUGAAACAAAGGUAAAUCAUUUGAUUGACUGAUUCGAUUGACAAAAAAUCAUUCUUAUACAGGUAAAAACGAUGAUUAACAUAUAUUUUUAAUCUAUAAUAUGAAAUUAAAUAGACCUAGAAAAAUCCAAUUGCACGAGUUCGCUUAAUCUAUUUAUAUCUAUAUUUUACUCCAUAGUAAAUUAGAUGGCGUCUAGACUAAAAUACACACGAAACGUAGCUACAUGUUAUCAAGCUCAUGCUCUGUAAAUUGUUUAUUUUAGACUUUUAAUAAUUUGGAAAAAUGUUUUACAUUGUUAUAAAUCAAAUAUGAGAAUUUGAGUCAAAUCGGUGCACAUAAAUUUGACAGCUAGUGUCCCUUUAAAAUAGAAACAAAGCAGGUUGAGUGAAUGUUUAAGUAUUGUAAAACUCAUUUCGGAAUAUUGAAAAAAUUCAAUAAAAAUACUAUUUUUCCUUGAUAUAAAAAAAAUGGUAUCCUCGAAAAUAAUUCAAUCCAAAGUAUAUUUUUUUUGGAUUUAUAGAGUAAAUAUAAUUGUUUUUCACAUAAAACUGAAUAAAACUCACUAUAAUUGAAUUCUUUCGUCUAGAAAUUUGUAAGAAUGAUCUAUUUUAUGUUUAAAAGUGUAUGCUUGCAAAUUUUGUUCGAACUAUGAAGGAAUGCAUGAUAAAAUGUGAAUGCUAAUGUGUGAAUGUUCAAAAUAAUAAAACAUGAAUGCUAAUGUGUGCAUGUUCAAAAUAAUAAAACGUGAAUGCUAAUGUGUGCAUGUUCAAAAUAAUAAAAUGUGAAUGCUAAUGUGUGCAUGUUCAAAGAGUAUGUAUAAUUCAGAUUCUUAGGAAAACAAUGGGGGUGGGCGGCGGAAGCAUAAUCCACCUAACAUGUACUGUCCUUUCAAGUGUACUUCAUAAAGUAGGAUCCACAUUCCACAUUGUACAUGUUUUAAAUUGUUUUGCAUGUGUAAUUUAUGUGUUCAAUAAACUUUUUACCAGAAUGGACAA